GGACUCGAAGUAAAAUGUUCUGUUUUUAAUUUACUUCAAAGUCUCAGAGUCUCAUUUGCGGUCUACUCAUUUCGUCUUUGCCGGCAACCACGAAGAUGUCAGAACUCAGAACUCCUUACCACCGUCCACGGAGGUUUGAGAGACUAUUCUUCACCGUCACAACUUUUCAUAUUUUACACUACUUGUUAACAACAAACACUGAUUUCUCACUCAGGUAACUUUACUUGUACGAAAUUGAAUACAAUUUUAGUUUUCUUGUUCCAAAAUCAAAUUAAGGCUUCAAGAAAAUGAAAUUAAGUUUCUGUCUAGUAAUUGAUUAUUUGUGCAUCUUUAUUCUUUAACACUAUCUAUUUGAAUUCGUUGAUUGGAGUGCCUGUUAGUGAAAUUGUCUAAUGCUACUCCUAUUCAGUAUUAAGCACAAAAAAGGUGAUACGCUGUUUUGCGGUAAAUUAAUUUGCUGACAAAACAUUUUGUGUUCUAAAGGAGAGUCGGAAUAAUGAUAAAAACUCGAGUGAUCAUCAAAAGUACGAAUCACAAUUUGUCUGGAUUGAUCGUGAAAUGACUGUAAGUUGCUAGGAUGCAUCUUCAUCGUCAUAUCUGGUAUAUCUUCGGUCAUAGCACAAUAAUGCAUCUAUAUUAGUUGUUUUUUUUUCCGUACUUUACCUUUUGAUUUCUCGCUUCUUUAUAUCUAUCAAAGUUUAAUGGAAACAAUUGCUUUGUUUUUGCUAAUUGUCUACACUCUUGAAAUAACACAGAGAUAAUUUCCAAACCCUUAAUUGCAAAAGUGUGUACUAAUUAUAUUAAUGUAGUUGAAUGAUUCAUUGAAGAAAUGAGUAAGAAUGAUUGUUUUAAUGAAACAAGCGUGUUUGUUAAAUUAAACCAAGGUUUAGGCUAACUCCAGAGCUUAUGGAAACAAUUGCUUUUAUUGCUACACCCUCUGAUUUAAUGCUGCGUUUAUUCUAUGUGUAAAAUGGAUGAUUGUGUUUGUCACUAAAUGAGUAAAAAUGAUGUUUGGACGAAACAAGCGUCUUUGUCACUAAAUUAAACCCUGUUUGAGGCUAACUCUAGAGCUUAUUAUGGAAACAAUUGACACAAGAAACAUUACCUCUCUAGAAAAAAGUACUCCCAUUAACUUCAUUUUCUGUGAACACUUAUUCAAAGUUACCAUAUAUAUUUGCACAUUUCCCAUAGAAGAGAUCCUUAUGAAGCAAUUUGUGUUACACACGCUCAAUAGUUUGAGAAUAUAUAAUGUUGCACAAUCUGAGACCAUCAACCAUGGACAUAAAGAUGGGCUUGUUUGAAAGCUAAAUCAUCUAGCUUGACGAAAUCAUCCCUGUGAAAGAUAAGUAUAUGAAACUAGCAAUAUGAAAUAGUAGGUUUCCUUAUCAAUAACGAUAAGUCUUGCAAAAUAAAUGUGAGACCCUUAUCUUUUCAAGUGGACUACCUUCUUGCUAGUAUACGAAGUGGAUUACCUUCUUGCUAGUAAGGCCACUUUUCAAGUCUUGAUUAUUUACUAGUUGUUGCUAACUCGUAUUUCUUUGUUAAGACAAGAGUUUAGGUAGAAGAGAAACAAAAGGGAAAAGGUCAUUGCUCUCGACAAUGCAACUAGUUGACGGAGGAGCAUAAAAGCAAAUAAGCAAUAGAGAAUUUGCGGUAACCACUUAGUUAAAACCUUUACAAUACAAUCACAAUGUGGUGAGACAAGUUGUAAUGCACACUUUGGGUGGAAUUAUUCUUUAAGUGAAUUUGGCCAUCACAAUAAAGUAAAAUUUUACUUGCUCUAUGAUUUAUGCCUUAUGAAAGAAGUUCUUCAUCAAGAUUAACUCUAUGCAAGAUUCCUUUGCCGAAAGUUGUUGUAUAUUCGGCAUUCAUAGUUGGCAAUGCUACACGUAUUUGGAGCUUAGGUUACCAUGAAACUGUCUCCUUUUAAAGGCAUCAUGUAACCAUGUUGCUCAUCAUCAUUAUUUACCAUGCUCGUUACUGAUAUUUCUUUAUCACAAGUUUUUAAACUUGUAGUUCCUCUUAAAGGCCAUAUAAUCCUUUUACAUCUUUUUAGUUUCUAGUGUAUUCUACUUGUAUCAGACAAACAGGGCUAAUUACAUCAAAACAAGCUUAUACUACAUCUAGUUUUUUACACACCAUAGCAUAUAUAAAACUACCUAUGGUUGAUUCAAUGGCAUUUUCUUCCUAUCUUCCCUUCCUCACUUUCACAACAUUGUUUGGAACUUAACAUAAGUUAAACGUGCAUAACCAGGUUACUCACAGAAAAGAAUAGGGAUGCGUUUUUGCGCUUUGAGUGUGCCUCACUGAAAUGCCUCACCCAGACUAUUAAAAAGCUCUGGGCUGCCCAGGUGUGCUUUUACUCACCGGUUAAACACAAUUUGUUCUAUUUUGAAAUUGGUAGGAUACAUAAUUUUCUGAACGCUAGCAUACGGUUUGUUGCUUGAGAUCCUUAUUGGGAUUACUAAUAAUUUUUUAGUCUGAGGCCCAACCAAAAUGACUUCACAAGUAAACUGUUGGAGGGGAAGCGUUAUUUCAGAUGAGUGACAACACUGUAGGUGUACCUUUGGCCAUUAUCAAAACCUUUAAUUACUGAAUGAGUUCAUGAUAACCUUGUUUUUAACCUCUAAAAUAUAUUAACUGGUCUCUUCGUGAGUAUAUGACUAUGGGGUCUCGUAUUUUGUCAAACCGCACUGUGUAUCAAUUUCAUGAAAAUUGUCAAAUUCGGACCAAUCGUGUUCUAAUCUUUCCCACAAACCCUUAUACAGCAGCUUUCUAGCUAGGUCGGGCAUUGUACCCAUAGACACCUGAACGUGAACCAUCCCCAAGAAAUGUUUUGUGAAGAAGUUAUGAGGGUGUAGAUCCCUUGUAUUCUCUGCUACUGCUUGUUAAUGUGAGGAUUGGUGAGCUUUAUAAUUAUUUUUGCUGACUCUUGCUUGAUUGUUUGUUGAAAGUAUAUUUUCUUAAAGUUUGUUCAAUAAAUGAGUAAAUGAAGAAGGAAGGAAAUUUGAGGGAUGAAUUUUUUUCACAUUCGCCGACAAUGGAGAGAUUUGAAAAGAAAACUCAUCAAUCAUGUUCCUUCUUACCCAAACAUAAUUUCACAGAAUAGCGUCCGAAAAGGAACAGAAACAUUGGAUGAUAUCAGAGAGAGCAUACUUGAACUCAACUACUACAAAGAGAACACAUUUAGAGAUGACAAGUAGUAUUCUUAACUAUCUAACGUGCAUGUACAGGCUCUGUUCAUAAUGCAUACAUUAGAUGCACACAAGGCGAAAUUGCAGAAUAGAUAUAGCCCAGUGAAGAAACAGCAGAAGUAGCAGAUGAAGCGGCAAUGGAGAAAACAGAGAAAGAUGCUCUGUAUUCUGCAAUUCAAGGCUUUGUGGGUAAUGAAUGGAAUGGCUCAGAUCUUUAUCCUGAUCCGUGUGGAUGGACUCCAAUUCAGGGUGUUUCAUGUGAUCUCGUGAAUGAAUUCUGGUAUGUUACUGACCUCAACAUUGGACCCCUUCAUGACAACUCCUUCACAUGUAAUCAAAACCCUGAAUUUAGACCACAAAUAUUUGAUCUUGAACAUCUUAAAUCUUUAUCUUUUUCAAAUUGUUUUACUUCCCAUAAUUUAAUCACCUUACCUUCUAACUACUGGGAAAAAUUAGCAUCAAGCUUAGAAUCCCUCGAAUUUCGCUUGAAUCCUAGCCUAAUUGGAACAAUUCCUUCAAUUCUUGGUAAUCUCCAUAUGCUUCAAUCCUUAGUGAUGAUUCAAAAUGGAAUUUCUGGAACACUGCCUACAAACAUAGGCAACUUGGUACAUCUCAAGAGACUAGUCCUUAGUGGAAAUAAUCUCUCCGGUCGAAUUCCCGACACUAUUGGGAAUCUCAAGCAGCUUUUGAUCCUUGAUUUAAGCAGAAAUUCAUUAUCUGGGCACCUUCCUCUCUCAAUUGGGCACCUAAAUUCACUUUUAAAGCUUGAUUUGAGCAACAAUAUGCUAAUGGGUAGUAUCCCAAAAGAUAUAGGUAACUUGAAGAAUUUGACUUUAUUGGAUCUUGGAGCCAACAAUUUCACUGGUGGGUUGACAAGAUCAUUUGGAAAAAUGGAAUCAUUACAAGAAUUGAUGUUAUCUGGCAAUCCAAUAGGGGGUGACAUUAGUAAUGUAGAUUGGCAAAACCUGCAAAAUUUGUUAAUUUUGGACCUCUCAAAUCUUGGUUUGUUAGGUAAAUUUCCCAAGUCUAUAAUAAAUAUGAAGAAGUUGAGAUAUUUGGAUCUAGGUAACAACCAUCUUACAGGGUAUUUACCAUCAGAAAUUGCAAAUAUGCAUGGAAUUAGUGCAAUUUAUGUCAAUGGUAAUAAUCUAACAGGGGAACUUAAAUUCUCUAAGGUUUUCUAUGGGAAAUUAGGGAGGAGAUUCGGGGCUUGGAAUAACCCGAAUCUUUGUUACGCAGGCAGGUUAAUGUCAACCGCAUAUGCCCUUAUAGGUGUGGAGCCUUGCAAAUCUGAAUGAUGGAAAUUGGAAAUGGGAUCAUUGAUGGAGUUUGGUGGGUUAUAUAGGUAGACUCAUUAUGAUGAUGGUGGUAUGGAAUGUUUUCUUGUAAUGAAACAAGAAUAGACUCAUGGGCAAAAAACAAAAAACAAAAAGAAAGUUUAAAAUAUGCUUUAACACUCUUAUGAAUAUUAUGUCUUAAAUGGUGAAACUAACAUGUAUAGUCAUCUACAACAUUCAUGUGAGUUUAGACAAGAGGUAGAUUUUUGUUUAUAGUGGUUAUGAGUACUCAAAGUCAAGUUAUUUGGGCCUAGUAGGACAAUUUUAUGAUAUGUAGUUUGUAUUAUGGUAUGUAUAAGUUGAGCAACAUACUAUUAGUUUGUGGAUGUGUAUAUAAUAUUAUAUCAUGGAUGUAGGCAUGGCCACGGGGCGGGUUACCCGGAACCGAACCGGUCCCGAACCGCUUGGAACCGGAUCCGAAACCGGAACCGUUUGCGACAGGUUCCGAACCGCGGAACCGUGAAACCGCCGGAAAAAUACUUCAUGAACCGGAGGUAAAAAACCGCGGUUUGGAACCGGUCCGGUUGAUUCGUUUGUUAUUAAUUUAUUUUUUUCAUUCUUUUUAGUAAAUAUUUCAAUAACGAUGACAACUUGACAUGCAAUGAAUUUCGCUAAUAAUCAAAGGUACGUCCGCAAUAUUAUAGUAUUUUUUUAUUAUAUAAAUAUUUAAAAAAAAAUAAAAAUGGAACCGAUGGUCCGACCCGCCCGUAACCGGAACCGUUCGCGACAGGUUCCAAAUGGAACCGGAACCGGGUGGAACCGGAACCGGAACGGAACCGGACCAACCCGGACCGUGGCCAUGCCUACAUGGAUGUAUUUGAACAAGGAACAUGUUGACUUACUGCCUAGGGUAUAUAACAAUUAACUUAUAAAAAUUGUUGAUUUUGAUGUAUGUGACACUGUAAUCUCAAUGAUUUUACAAGUCUCAUCAUUGACCAUGGUAACACUUUCACCGAUUACUUCAUUGUCCUACUUUAUGAAUGCUAUAAAUUCAAUCAAGAACUCAAAAAUAAUCACCAAUAACCUAAUGCCCCGACAAUUGAUGUUUCUUGAAGUCCUAAUGUCAAUUGAUGUCAAAAGAAGCUUUGGAAAGUUUCAAUAGUAAACAGCAAUGAAGAUUCAAUGCGAUGGCCAAGAGAAGGUGAGAUUUCUAGAGAUUAUAAAUGAGAGAGAGGAUUAGGGAUUAAUAAACUAUAUAUACUCUAAUGUGUGAUUGAGGUAAUUAUAAUAAUAUCUCAAUCCACUUGCAAUUCAAUCAUAAAGGAAAAAAAGUGUUCACUUAAAAUGCUACAGAACACAAAAGUUGAGUUAGUUUUCUGGUUGUUAUUCUAAAAGGCCGACUCUACUUUAUCAGCUAAUCAAAAUCAUUUUUGAUGGACAUAAAGUUGACUCAAAUUUGGUCUAAUUCUGACAAAAGUCGAGUUUACUUUUCUUACUAGACCAAAAUCCCAACUUUUCUCCUACUAAGAUGCCAGCUUAAUGCUUCCCAAGCAAUAUUAAAUUUUACCCGCCAGCUUAAUGCUUCCCAAGCAAUAUUA